AAUCAUACAUUGUUCUUCAAAGGAUAGUCUUUUCUAGAGUUUCUUCACUCCAACCCAGAUAAACGAAUAAAUACUAACUUUUCUCGUCAUUGCGGUGCUUCUUAUUGUUGACGAACGGUUAUGUCCAUUGGAAUUUGAGAGUCACAGAAAAAAAGAAGGAAAAUAUGACGAUGUCCGCAAGAGAACUCUUACCUACUGGUCUGGUGCCAAGUCACUAUUAUUCUUCCGAUAGACCUGCUCCUCUUUUUCCGUACACUGCCGCCUUCGCGAGCUCUAGCAGAGAUGAAAGUUCCGGCAUGCUGCACGAUCAAGUUCAACAGGCUUCGACUGGAGCCGGACCACCGCCUACCUCCUCCUCAAUUAUGCCGACUGCAUCUUUCGGAUUUACACAGGAACAAGUAGCCUGCGUUUGCGAAGUAUUACAACAGGGUGGAAAUAUAGAACGUUUAGCCAGAUUCCUCUGGUCACUACCCGCAUGCGAACACUUGCAUAAGAACGAAUCGGUUCUCAAAGCUAAAUCGAUUGUUGCAUUCCAUCGUGGAAAUUUUAAGGAACUCUAUAAACUACUCGAGAGUCAUCAAUUCUCCGCGCAUAACCAUCCAAAAUUACAGGCGCUAUGGAUGAAGGCGCACUACGUAGAAGCAGAAAAAUUAAGAGGCAGACCAUUAGGAGCUGUAGGAAAGUACAGGGUUAGACGAAAAUUUCCAUUACCACGGACAAUUUGGGAUGGCGAAGAAACAAGUUAUUGCUUUAAAGAAAAAUCGCGGAACGUAUUACGGGAAUGGUACGCCCAUAAUCCAUAUCCUUCACCAAGAGAAAAACGGGAAUUGUCAGAAGCUACAGGCUUGACAACAACUCAAGUGUCGAAUUGGUUUAAAAAUCGUCGACAGCGAGAUCGCGCCGCAGAAGCCAAAGAAAGGGAUUCAGCAGCCGCCUCUCAUAGCGACAGUGCCAGUUCACCUCCUCCUCAAACCGAAAAGAAGGAAAAUGAUUCACCAAAUGAUCAGAGGGGUGGUAAAUUGGAGGAAAAUUCGAACGUCUUAGCCGCCCACUCGAUAAACUCGCAAAUGUUCGCCGACUACAGCAAAAUGGCUUUGGCACCGCAUAUGAUGGCUAGUCUUUCCUCCGCUAAUAUGGCAGCAAAUUCCCAGCCGCCAGUUAUGACUCCUCACUCCGAUGUUGGAACGAUGCUCCCAGAUUACCAUAGUUUGUAAUGUGCCAUUUUCUGAAGCUAAACACUAUAAGCAAAGCGUAUAAACACUGAAUCGAGGUCAGAGCGAAACCCGAUAUUCUACAGGUGUUGGUAGACUGAGAGCAUAUAUAUGUAUAUAUAUAUAUAAAUGCACGAACA